GAUAUGUUCGUGUUUAUUUGGACACCUAAACGUUCGUACGGAGUAAUUGAGGGCCAAUUUGCAUGGUCGCAUGCCCGGUGAAGUCAUGCAAAGUCACGGGCAUGGACAACGACGGGGGAUCAACGCUCAACUUUGGUCCUCGACCUUUCAAUUAUCAUCAGCUUCGCCCAAAAUCAUGCGCAACUCCCCCUAGUCCUACCCACUUACGGACUCUUCCUACUCAUCGGCGCCCUCGACCACAUUUGCAAUUGCCGCACGCCAAAUAAGGCGCUCGCGAUAGCCCACUCGAGAGCCUUCCGCCAGUGCCCCUCACUCCCAAAACAAACAACACUAUCACACCGUCAAAAGUCAUGGACGCCCCUGCACCACGAUCCUCCUCGCGACCGCGGCCCUCCUCUCGCCCUACGACUCCUUUGCGACCGAGCUCGCGCUCCUCGCUCCGCGAAGCUCAUGGCUACGGUCACAGCAUCAGCCAUACCGGAUACAACCAGCCCGCCAUCAAUGCCCUGGAGCCGCAGUUUGCGGAACUCGCCGACUCCAUGGCUGACCUGGAGGCCAAUUUUAUGCACCUACAGCUGAUGCACGAGAGUUUGACGCGGUUUAGCGAGAGCUUCGCGAGUUUCCUGUACGGCAUGAAUAUGAACGCGUUUUGCGUGGAUUUCCCAGAGGCCCCGAUUACCGAUUCUUUCAAGAGAGCCAAGCAGGCUGAGGCCCAGAAAGAGGCGGAGAAUGAACCACCCCGACCGGAUGAUGGCGAGAUGACUUUCCUGACUACGGACACUUCCUUUGUCGAGCACCCGCCCAGCACUGUCUCCUCCAAACCAACAUCGAGAUAUGCCGCUCCCGGCCGGGGUGCUACCCGAGGGACCACUCGAGGUGGUACGACGAGAGGUACUGCAAGAGGUUCUGCAACGGGCACCACGCGAGGCUCGGCGACCAGCCGGUAUGCCACGAGAGGCGCUGACCGGGCGCGCCCAAGCGCGCUGCCCCGGGGUCGUGGUUUGCGGUGAACGGUCGUCUGGGAUUGUAAUCUGCAUGUUACAUGUGCCUAUGCUAGUGAAUGGUAGGGACUCGGCCAUUGGGAUAUGGAUACUCCGAGAAGCACCCUGACAGACCGUGCCCCGGCAGUUCCUGUGGAUGUGUGAAAAUCCUUCAACAGAGAGGGAUGGUGCUCAUGAUGCUCUGCGGACUCUGUUUCUUCAUAGUCCGACCGAAUGAAGAUGAAGUAGAUGAACAUGGCCUGUAAUUAUUACGACUUGAAUGAAGAUUCACGAACCAUACGACCGUAUGAAGGAAUAAAGUGAUAGGUAGAAUCAAGUACAGUCUUCAUUCGUUUGCAAUAAACCCAUCGAUCCUACAAUCCUCAAGUGUUAGAUUAUAAGUGUAUGAUCGUCG